CUUCGGUUCGCCGUGGGCGGCCCUGAGCUCGGCCGAUGAUGCUUUUGAAGUUUUCGUGGGAGUGCAAGAAAGAUAGCAUAGUCAGUGAUUAUCGCCAUCCUUCUCCUUGUCUGCCAAAACGCCAAAACUAGAAAAUCAAAACAAAACAUUACUUCUGUGAAGUUGGAGCAGGUUUUCGUUAUUUUUGUUUUUAAAAUAUUUAGUUAACAUAACUAAUAAAAUACAACCUAGGACCCGGAACACAACAAGCUAAGCAUUAAGGUAACGCAUAGCCAACCAGCGGAUAAACUACCUCAAAAUGGAUGAUCAAGGAUGUCCGCGUUGUAAAACCACCAAGUAUCGUAAUCCAUCGCUGAAGUUGAUGGUAAAUGUCUGCGGUCACACACUAUGCGAAAGUUGUGUAGAACUGCUUUUCCUGAAAGGAUCCGGUUCAUGUCCGGAAUGCAAUGUGGCCCUGCGUCGAAGCAAUUUUCGAGUGCAACUGUUUGAGGAUUCCAACGUCGACAAAGAGGUUCAGAUCCGGAAGAGAAUUUUAAAGGAUUUCAAUAAAAAAGAGGACGAUUUUAAUUCGUUGGAUGAGUACAAUGAUUACCUGGAAUUGAUAGAGGAAUUGGUGUUCAAUCUGUGCAACAACAUCGACAUCAUAAACACGAACAAACGAAUCGAACAAUACAAGAAGGAGAACAGGGAUACGAUCUUGAAGAAUAAAACAAAGCUUAGCAAAGAUGAAUUCGAAUUGGAACAGCUGAUUGAAAUCGAGAAAGAGCAAUCUGAUCAACGGAAAAAAGAAUUGACAAUGAUCGAGACUGAAAACCGCAAACAGAAGGCAAAAAAUAAGGAAGAUCUCAUUGAUUCUUUGAUGGAAAGCUACGAAGAUGCCAGCACAAUCGUGGAUAAGUUUGCCCAACGAGCCGAACAGCAGCAGAUUCCGUUGCCGAAACCGAUGGCUCCCCCGGCGCCGAAGACGACUCAUUUCUCGACCGGUAUUAAAUUCCAGUCGCAACAUGGAUUCCUACCAGUGCCUAAAAUCGAGGAAGGUCCUACCUAUAUCUACGAACCACAGGUAUACCCGAAAGAAGGCCCAAUUCAACCGACCAUGAGUGACAUUGAUAGCAAGGGUUAUACCAAGUAUAUAAGGGCUGAAACGCAAGCGGAGCGAGCAGGUGGUUUCAGGACCAACAUUUCAUGCUUACGAGCGAUUCAGGACGCGCUUGUUGGAUUGUAUCAUGGCUGUUAAGAGUUCCAUGAAUUUUGUUAUCAUUUAAUCAUCUAUUACUAUUCAUAAUAGAGUAACGUAAGCAU